AUGAGCAUGAGCGCAGCUACCGAGGAGGGGCAGCCACAAGGGGAGCCUGCCCCUGAGCUGCUCGACGGCCGUAUUUGGGUUGAUGGCUGCUGGGACUUCUUUCACCAUGGUCACGCCGGCGCCAUGGUUCAAGCCAGGCAGCUCGGCGACGAGCUGUAUGUUGGCGUGCAUUCUGACGAAGAAAUUCUGGCAAACAAGGGCCCGACCGUCAUGACCCUGGAAGAAAGAUUGGCAGCCGCAAAUGCUUGCCGCUGGGUCACCAAGGCCAUUGGCCAUGCUCCAUACGUCACCGAGCUUCCUUAUAUCACGCACUACGGCUGUAAAUAUGUCGUGCAUGGAGAUGAUAUCACUUCUGACGGUGACGGCAACGACUGCUACCGCUUUGUCAAGCAGGCUGGUCGCUUCAAAGUUGUGAGGCGCGCUCCGGGCAUCUCCACCACCGAUCUCGUUGGCCGCAUGCUUCUGUGCACAAAAACGCACUUUAUUCAUUCUCUACAAGAGAUGCUUGUUGGAGAGGAGGGGUACGGAAGCCCCGACGAACGCAAAGCCCAGGGAAAGACCAUGCUAGAGCGCAUGAAGCUGUACGCGACAAAUGAAACAGCAAAGGCCCCCGGAGCCGAUGUGUGGUUCUGGAAUGCCUCAAACCAGGCCAAGGCGGGGGACACUGAAGAAGAGACGGGAACAUUUGAGAAGCUGCUCACUGGCAUCGGCCCUCGGCCAGGACAACGCAUUGUUUACGUGGACGGAGGAUUCGACUUGUUUUCCAGUGGUCACAUCGAGUUUCUGCGAAGAGUAGUCGUUGAGGAAGCGAAAGUGGCCGGCAAGUCGGACUGGUACUCUGACGAAGCCAAGAGCAAACGCACGAGCAACGGCGGCAAAGAUUAUGACCCGGCGUUUGUGGUUGUUGGAGUCCAUGACGAUGAAGUGAUUAACCAGUGGAAGGGUGUCAAUUACCCGAUUAUGAACAUUUUCGAACGCGGUCUUUGUGUCUUGCAAUGCAAGUACAUCAACGCCGUCGUGUUUGGCGCCCCGUUCACCCCGACAGAGUCAUACUUGAAGUCAAUGCCAUGGGGUGUUCCGGAUGCCAUCUAUCACGGCCCGACGGCGUUUAUGCCGCUGACGUACGACCCGUAUACCGCGACCAAGAAGAUGGGAAUCUACCGGGAGAUUGGGCAGCAUGCUUUUGCUGAAGUUAAUGCCGGCGAGAUCGUGCAACGCAUCAUGAAGAGCCGCGACAGGUACGAGGCGAGACAGCGAGCCAAAGGUGUCAAGGCAGAGGUGGAAGCAGCAGCUAGACAACGUGAGAUAUUGGAAGAGGAGCAGCGCAGCAGGGAAGCCAGCACCGGUGCUGGGGAUGCCGUUGGUCCCAAUGCGUAA